CUCUGUCAGAAAUCUUGUGGCUCUUAUAUGUUCUGAUAUCUUUCUGUUCUAGUCUGUUAUGUACAUAUACAAAAUGUGGAUGUUUAAGAUGAAUGUUAAAUUCAUCUGGCAACCCAGCCACUCCUUCAGGUGCUCCUGGGUUCUGCCUGUACAAGGAAGCAGUAAACGCAUGAAGGAAUAAACAGUUCUAUAAAAGAACAGUUCUAAAGUUCUGCUCUGCUGAAAAUGGAUCACUGUACGCCGGUACUGAAAUACCUGCUUCUCCUCUCGGUUAACAUUUAUCUGACAUCAGCAGCCUCCCACUCUCUGCACUACUUCUACAUUGGAGUCACAUCAGGAGUAAAUUUCCCAGAGUUCACUAUUGUUGGUCUGGUAGAUGGAGAGCAGAUUGUGUACUAUGACAGUAACAUCAGGAAGAUGAUCCAGAGGAAUGAGUGGAUAAAGAAGAUUGAAGCAGAUGAUCCUGAGCACUGGAACAGAGAGACUCAGAAAUCACAGGAUAAUCAGAAGAGCUUCAAAUUCAAUGUGGAUGUUCUAAUGAAGCGCUUCAACCACACCGAAGGAGUUCACACAGUACAGUUGAUGUACGGCUGUGAGCUGCAUCAUGAUGGAACCACAAGAGGAUACAGGCAGUACAGUUAUGAUGGAGAAGACUUCCUCAGUCUGGAUCUGAACACUGUCACCUGGACUGCGGCCAGUCCUAAAGCUCUCAUUACCAAAUACAAGUGGGAGAGGGCAGGUGCAGCUGGGUUCCACACAGCCUACCUGCAGAAUGAAUGUAUCAGCUGGUUAAAGAAGUAUGUGGAAUAUGGCAGAUCCACUCUGAAGAGGAAAGUCUCUCCUGAGGUGUCUCUGUUCCAGAAGGACUCUUCUUCUCCAGUGGUGUGUCAUGCUACAGGAUUCUACCCCAAAGCAAUGAUGAUCUCCUGGCAGAAGAAUGGAGAGGAUCUGCAUGAGGAUGUGGAGCUCAGAGAGAUGCUGCCCAACCAGGAUGGAACCUUCCAGAAGAGGAGCGUUUUGAUUGUCUCACCUGAGGAGCUGAAUAAACACCACUACACCUGCAUCAUUCAGCACAGCAGCCUGGACAAGAAGAUGGUGCUUCCAGUGACUGAACGUAGAGUCCUGCAAGAUGGAGAUAUGGUUGGUGCCAUUGUUGGUGCAGUUGUGUUUGUUCUCCUGCUGGCCUUCAUUGGGUCUGUUGGAUUGUUCUUUUGGAAGAAGAAGAAGAAUCAAAAGUCUGGUUUCAGACCUGUCAGUCCUGGUUCAGCAGUAGAAUCUGACCGAGGCUCCUCAUCAACCAUCUCCAGCACUGCAUCCGAAUGAAGAUCUGUGAUUAUAUACCACACUGAUGAAACACAGCUGUAUGAUCUGUAUCACGCUGUACUUCAUUAACCAUGCACUGCUUGAGAGUCAGAGUCAUUUCAGUACUUUAGAACUGCAAUGAAGGAUUUCAAUGAUAACGACAUUUGUAUAUUUCUAUACAGUUGUAUGCAAAAGUGCCUAUACAGCUAUGUAAAGCAUAAAAUGUGGCCUGUGCAAA